GGAAGUGAUUCAAAUCAGUUCUCGGUACUUUUUCUCCACUGUCUUUCAAAGUUACUCAGAUGGAAGACAACUCGCCAUUGUAGCUAUCCACGUGCGGUAGUUUUCGGUCUACCGGGUUUAAUUAACUCAAUCGGUUUCUGGUGCGGCUGGUCGCUCCAAUCGACCUUCAUUCAUUCAUCGUUGGACGAAAAUCUGGAUUUGGCCCCGGCGCGUGCUGCAAGGUGAAUUUUGCUAAUAGGCCACGCAUUUUCCAGCUAGUGUUCACUGAAGUCCACCGUCGAAAGGCCGGUUUCGAGGUUUGCGACCAUGGCUUCUGCGUGGCAAAGCGUCUUAUCUGUGCACCAGAUACUCGUAGAAAACGGAGACAAAAGGGCGGACCAGUGGCCGCUGGUCUACUCCCCCGUCCCCAUCACACUCAUCUUCCUGGUGUACCUCUGUGUGGUCUGGGCCGGCCCUCGUCUGAUGAAACACAGAGAACCCUUUGACCUCAAAAUCUUUCUCGUUGUUUACAACUUCGCCAUGGUCGGCCUGUCGGCCUACAUGUUCUACGAGUUCGUGGUCACAUCCUGGCUCUCGAACUACAGCUUCCUGUGUCAGCCUGUGGACUACAGCGACAGCCCCCUGGCAGUGAGGAUGGCCAAAGCCUGCUGGUGGUUCUUCUUCUCCAAGGUCCUGGAGCUCAUGGACACGAUGUUCUUCAUCCUGAGGAAGAAGAACAGCCAGCUGACGUACCUUCACGUUUACCACCACGGCCCCCUGAUGUUCAACUGGUGGGCGGGCAUCAAGUAUGUGCCCGGUGGACAGUCGUUUUUCAUCUGCACGGUGAACACCUUCAUUCACCUCGUGAUGUAUUCCUACUACGGCCUGGCUGCGCUCGGCCCUCACAUGCAGAAGUACCUGUGGUGGAAGAGAUACCUCACCUCUCUGCAGCUGGUGCAGCUUUUUCUGUUCCUCCUGCACUCCGGCUACAACCUGUUCACAGACUGCGACUUCCCCGACUCCAUGAACGCGGCGGUGUUUAUUUACUGCGUUGUUCUCGUCGUCCUCUUCAGCAACUUCUAUUAUCAUAGCUACCUCAGCAAGAAGAAGCAGAAAUAAGAGUAUUGUGCCUGAGGGUUUUUGUUCAGUGUCACCAGUUCUCCACCAGGGGGCGCAGCGUGCCCACCGUCUGAAUGUUCUCCUGGUGCCGAGUGACAGGCAUGUACAACUAAUGUGAACGAUUUGAGUUCUUUCUGCGUUUUCUUUGUAUUUUAUAUAAAGUGUCACAUACAUGGUUUGAAAAGA